AGAUUCUCUUUAAAUUUUAAUUAUGACGCAGCCAAGGAUAUCUCUUUUAGUUGGAGCCCUAAUCCUCUCCUGCACUUGUGUUUCGUGCUCCAAGGACAAAUGCGCUGCCAUCGAACACAAACCGAACACAAAUACCAGCUACGACUUUGUGCCGCACAUCCUGCAUGCCCUGGCGAUUUAUCGACCCUGCGAACUCGGUGAUCCGAAAUGCCUCUGCUAUGUGGCGACCAUUCAAAAGAAUUUGGAACCGUAUGUGGACAAGGGCAUUACACCUGAGAUGAUGGCGCAAUCCAAACGGUUGGGCACUUUUUACCAGAUAAUCCGCGGACGCAUCUAUCGUCAGCAGAAGUGCCUGCAUCCCAAGCGGUGUGCCGACGUGGAGGAUCUGCUCUUGGACAUGGCCAGUGGUGUGCCAGACCUGGAGUUCGUUCUCAAUGUGCGCGACUGGCCGCAGGUGCACUUCCUGUCCGGUCUAAGUGGUCCGGUCUUAUCCUACUCCAUCACGGAUCGCCACCUGGACAUCAUGUACCCAGCAUGGUCGUUUUGGACCAACACGGGUCCCAUCCUGCAGCACUAUCCCCACGGUGUGGGUCGCUGGGACUGGAUGCGGAAACAUUUGGUGGCAAGGGCGUCGGAGACGCCGUGGAAUGCCAAGCGCGCUAUUGGUUUCUUUACGGGCUCACGAUCCUCGCCAGAACGCGAUAAUCUAGUCAGGCUCUCCCAAAGGCGGCCAGACCUGGUUGAUGCCCAGUACACGAUGCUAGCGACGGACGCCGAUCCCGUCGAGACGAUGCCUCUGAUCGAGCACUGCCAAUACAAGUAUCUGUUCAAUUUCCGCGGUGUGGCCGCCAGUUUCCGGCUGCGGCACAUACUACUCUGCCGCUCGCUGGUGCUCCAUGUGGGCGACCAGUGGCAGGAGUUCUUCUACAGCCAACUGAAGCCCUGGGUGCACUACGUUCCCGUGGCCAGCGACGCCGACGUGGAGGAGCUGGCCGAGUUGAUUCUAUAUCUGCGCGAGCACGACGAUCUGGCGGAGGAGAUUGCGGAACGGGGACAGCAGUUCGUUUGGCUCCACCUCCGAAUGGAGGAUGUGCAGUGCUAUUGGAGUAAGAUGCUCCAGGAAUACGCAAUGUUGCUCACUUAUAAAGUGCAACGGGAGCCGGGACUUCUGGAGGUAUCCAACAAGAAAGCUGUGCAGCUGUAUCGCGGACAAGAAACUCAGUAUUUUCAAUCUUAGUUGUGUACAAAAUA